CGCACUUCAUGUAUGAAGGUACUUACUGAGUUUUUCAUUCUGUGUCUGACUCUGUCUGUCAAAAAGCCGUUUGCUGCUGUUGAUGGGUGUCGAGUUUCUAUAAAUUUCUCAUUUUGACCGUCUUUCUUUGUGAUUUAAAAGAUUCUCCGUUAACUAAAAAUGGUUUAAUUAUUGUCUCGCGCUUUAAAUUACGUACAGUGGUGGUUUUUUGACUCUGGUAAAAGUUGUAAACAAUUCCAAAAUGUCCGUUCCUAGCACUGGAUUGAGCAAAUUGAAGAAGAAACAUAUUCGUGUAAAACACCAAAAAGUGAAACUGUUUCGUGCAAAUGAACCAUUACUGUCUGUGUUUAUGUGGGGUGUGAAUCACACGAUUAACGAGCUAAGUCAUGUCACAAUUCCAGUCAUGCUGCUCCCUGAUGACUUCAGAGCUUAUUCUAAGCUCAAAGUUGACAACCACUUAUUUAACAAAGAAAACAUGCCAUCUCACUUCAAGGUCAAGGAGUACUGCCCCCUGGUGUUCAGGAACCUUCGGGAGAGGUUCGGAAUCGAUGAUCUCGACUACAAGGAGUCCCUAACAAGAUCUCAGCCAAUCCCGGAUGACUCGUCAGGCAAGUCUGGCGCGAAGUUCUACCAGAGCUAUGAUAGGCUCUUCAUCCUGAAGACCCUGACUUCUGAGGAGGUGGAAAGGAUGCACUCGUUCCUAAAGCAUUAUCAUCCUUACAUCGUGGAGCGUCAUGGCAAGACCCUGCUGCCUCAGUACCUCGGCAUGUACCGGCUGACCGUCGACGGAAUCGAACACUACCUAGUCGCUACUAGAAACGUAUUCUCCAACCACCUCAAUAUCCACAGGAAAUACGACUUAAAAGGUUCGACGGUAGACCGUGAGGCGUCUGAGAAGGAGCUCGAAAAGGAUCUGCCGACGCUCAAGGACAACGACUUUAUCAAGCAAGGAGUCCGCAUUGAUAUCGGUGAUGCAGCCAAAGAGAAGUUAUUGGAGACACUCACUGCUGAUGUAGAGUUCCUAACGAAGCUCCACCUGAUGGACUACUCCCUGUUGCUGGGCAUGCACGAGUGUGGGCGUGGCGAGGCGGAGGCCGAGGCUGCCCGGCAGAGGGAUGCUGAGAACGACUCCGAUAACCAGGACUCUGAUACUGAUAGUGACACCGAUAAUAGGCAUCAUGGAGACAGAUGGGGUUACAACACGCCUCCUGAUAGUCCUCGUGGUUUCGCGCGACAGUCGUCGCUGAGGUACGAGGGUAUCAUACCCGAGCUGGACAUCUACGCCAUACCCAGCCAAGAGAGUGCUCCCAAAAAAGAGAUUUACUUCGUCGCUUUGAUUGACGUGCUGACGCAUUAUGGUGUAAAGAAACAGGCGGCGAAAGCAGCGAAGACUGUUAAAUACGGCAGCAACGUGGACGGUAUAUCGACCUGCGACCCCGAGCAGUACGGGAAACGGUUCAUAGAGUUUGUAGCCAAGGCCAUCGAGGGCAACUAGGUUCACAGCCGCACAACGGUGCUUCUUUUAGUACUUAUACUCAAUAUUAUUGUCUGACAAGGAUUCGAUAGGC